CAUGUAGCAUCCAAACCCUGCCUUGUGACUUUGUGUCUAAGCAUUACAUACUAGUAUAAUCAAUGAAGAUAACAUCAGAAAACAAAAUCUCAAAUACCGCCAGUUAGUUAUUGGGUAUACGGGGUGACUGGAGGUUAACGACAGUACCGACAUCACAUGCCUCGCCUUAAUAAGAGGACGCAAGACCCUAACCUGUCUUCGUACUUGUUAGAGAGUGACAUUACAGUUACCCACACUUGAAGUGCAAACCUGUUCUGAACGCUGAUUAGAGACGUUGGUCAAAGAAGUGACUAUGGCGUCCAAAUUCCUGUUGGAGGCCUUUCUUCUGAUCUGUGUGUGCGUGUGUUAUGGCCACCUUCAUGUUAAACAGCCACAGGGUGAUGAAAACAGUAACAGCGAAGGUCUGGAAAAGGUCUGCACUGAAGAGUGCCCUGAGUUCGAGCUGUUGUGCUCGACCCCAGAGUACGACGUGAGGCGGUACAAAAGCGCCCUCUGGGCGUCCACCACGGUAUCGACCCUGUCUCUCUCCCAGGCCAGCGGGACAACCUGGAGCCGCAUCCACGAGUACUUCAAGGGCAAAAAUGAUCAAAACAUUAAACUGCCUGGGACCGGACCGAUGGUUACCCAGACCCGGGAGCCGGCGGAAAACAUCCUGAGAGAGAUCACCGUGUCCGUGCCCCUGCCGAGGAACAUGGCGAAACACCCACCGAUUCCGGACGAUCCCAACGUGGUGAUAGAUCUCGUUCCCGAGACUGUCGUGUACGUGAAGAAGUUCCAGGGUCAUUCACCCCGGGUCGGCUUUAUCGCUGACAAGGAGGCCAAAAACUUCUUCAAGACGCUUUCAGACAACAACGAGCCGUUCCUUGGGGACGGUGACUACUACUAUGUUGCACAAUACGACAGUAAGAGCGCCUCGUCCGGCCCUAAAACGUACAACGAGAUCUGGGUCUUUGCUCUUAACGAGAGACUGUUCAGGGUUCACGAGUUCAACGACCAUGCCGAACAGGCGUUCCCGACAUGUCUGCAGAAGGACGACGACAGGCUGAGGUCGUGGCACAUGUUGGACCAGGCCGACAUCCCUGUACAGGCUCUGGCACGGAAGCAGUGUUCUCAGACAUUCUGCAAACCACCAAAGCUGUGUCCAGAACCCGAAGUGAAGGAGGUGAAGGGAAUAGACGACAAGACCAUCACACUUAAGAAGUUCACAGAUCUUCAGUACACCAGCGUCAACCCUUACACCUGUCACUACGACACCGCUAUCAUAGCGGGUACAGAACCACUGGCGCAGCAUCUGCAAAACACAGGAGUCCCACCCUCUGAAGUCGCCAUCCUAUGCAUCGGCUCAGUUGAAAUUCGAGACGAGUUGGAUGGGAAAGACGGCUGCCAGAAAUUCUAUCGCGUGUAUGUUGCAAGAGGCGGUGCAAGUGGGAAUAAAGACCAGGACUUUCAUGAACUUUUCCUGGAUAAUGCCGAUGCUCACGGAUUGAGGAGUCCAAAGACAAAAGAAGUUUAUCAUUUGAAGAAGAACCCCCAGAUUCAAUACUUCUAUCACAAGUGCAUGGGCGGCAACAUGUACUACGAACCAGCCACCACCACUGCAACAGCGAACGUGCUCGUGGACAGGCUCAAGGAGGAGAAGAAGUGCUUUCUGGGUGAUCACAUUGGAGUGUGGGAACAUCAUCCACAAUCUAGGCUGUUCGACCGUUUCAAUGAGCUUUCCAUAGAUGCCGACCUGGACUGUAGUGACCAGGAAGGCCGUCCGGAGUUCACCUUCCACCUCCCGCUGAGUAAGAACUACAACCGGCACGAGCCGAAGCCUGUGUUCGGGGACCGCUGUACCACGUACGAGUGUCCCAACAUGUCCGUCGCCAUGAGGGUUGAGAACAACCUCAGGCUCAUGAAACACCCAGCAGCCACGUGGGUUUGCUCCAACAGCACGUCACUGUCCUGUUCUUACGAGCAGGCCUGGGAGAAGGCACUCCAGCCCAUCCUGUCAUACAUCAACGGCAAGAACGAGGACAACGUCAGGAUGCAGAUGACAAAACCCUUGUAUGGGCAGGGUUACAGUGGAGACCAUGAAUGUGUGAGACUGUUCACGAUGUGCAUGAUGCUGCCGAAGGAGUACGAGAACAACCCACCCAAGCCUGUCGAUGACCUGGUUGACUUUAGGACAGGAGAUAAGGAAAGUUACUGGUACCAGUCGACAUUUGUGGGCAAGCCUACUGCAGAUGUGCUCAACAAGCACCUGACUCGGAUGACGAAGCAGCUUGACGAACUCAAGACCUUUGGAGUGAACUAUACAACAGAGCACCUUUGGAUUGGAGGCUACGACGAUCCUGAUGAGGAGGAAGGUCUGUACGAAAUAAUCAUCGUAAAUCAACAGCAUAUUUACUGGAAGGACAGUGAGAAGGUGGAAGAUUCCGAGGAUAAGGCAGAGGAGGGAGAGUAUCCGGAUGAAGAGGUCCUGGACCUGGUUCCAAAGGAUUGCCGUUUGCCCACCUGUAAUCCCGUCCAAGUCACCAAGAAGCACGACAACUACAUAGAAAUAUACUUCCCCAAAUCCAAGGGUGUCUGCCAGUAUGUGAAAGGCUGUGGACACGGGUCCCCCCGCCGAGCUCUCUUCCUGCCCGUCUACAAGUACUUCAACGGAAACAACCAGGAGAAGGAGACGAUUGGAGACAUUAAGGACCCCAUGGUUUUCCAGGUAAAGAUCUACUCCCCUGAAGAGGAACUGGCCGGUGUUGAGGCAUGUGAGCGUGAGUUCCAACUCUGCGCAUCGCUGCCUUCUGCCUACGCGGACAAGGACAUUCCAAAACCAAACGGAGAGAAUAUGGCGACAUUUGACGCCGGGGAUGGAGCUCACGGUUACGCCAUCGGUGUGAAGGGGUCUUUCAACAGUAUCGACAUCCCUGCCACAACCAUCCGGCUCAUACAGACACUGAACGCCGAGAAGGUCAAGUACAGCCAGGACUGGUUGCUGAUAUUCGCACACAUGGAUGACUUCCCCAAAAAGGAGGAGGACAAGACAGUCUACUUUGCCUUCCUCCAGGACCAGGCCAUGACGGAUGGAGUACAUCCCACUGAUGGCGAGUAAGAGGGGAGAGAUCGGAAAACUGCCACGAAAGAAUACAUGGGAUGGAAUUCUCGAACAAAGUCGGUGAUACAU